AUGGGCAAUAAUGAACCAGAACAGUGUAUUCCAGAGCGUGAUACACGCCAGCCGGACGAUACACCAGUUAAGGAUAGUGUACCAGACCAAGCUGAUCCUGAAUUAGACGAUAUUCCAUUACAAGACGCCGGAGAUGAGGCGCCGGUGGUAGUGGAGCCCUCUGAUGAACCAGAACUGGGCGCAAGUAUUGAUACGCCAACCAUAAUGUAUCAAUACUCCGGGUCCAACAUACAGCGCAAUCCACUGACCGGAAGUGGCUGCAAUGACGAAAUGCCUGUUACUGGGAGGCGUAGGAGGUCUAGCAACUGGACCCAAUCCCGUUGGCUUGUCAUGCUUGAUUCCGAUAGCCAGGAGGCUCACCUGGGCCUGCAGGCCCUCCUGGACCUGCCGGGCCUGCUGGACUCGCUGGACCCCCUGGUCUUACUGGACCCCCUGGUCCGGCUGGACCUGUUGGACCCGCCGGAGCUAUUGGACCAAUUGGACCUCCAGGUGUGGCAGGACCUGCUGGACCUGCUGGAGCUGCUGUUGAGAGAUGAAGUUUGGGCUAACAGAGGUGGUGUUUUGAUGAGGCCGCAGGAAAAAUCGCUGCGAUGGCCGCUGUAUGUGGCGGCUGGUGCCGCUUCUGCAGCGUGCUACGUCAACGCAUUAACCGGCGAGUUUGUCCACGACGACAUCCCCGCUGUAGUGCUCAACAAGGAUGUCCUAGGUGCCACCCCAAUUGUAGAUGUUUUUAGCAAAUUUUCUGGUUUUGGUCUCAAUCCGAUCUGGUUUCACAUAACCAAUAUUCUACUACACUGCAUUGCAACAAUGCUAUUCCUGCGGCUGUGCCUGAAUGUGGCAAAACUACGAGGGCCUUUUGCCUCCUUUGCAGCAUUAAUGUUUGCCGUACACCCUAUACACUCAGAAGCGGUAACAGGAAUAGUCGGACGAGCUGACGUUCUUGCGUGCGUCUUCUUCCUAAUCUCGAUCUUGGCUUAUCACGAAGCAGAAAGUAAACGCCUGUGGCUGAGCAUCCUCGCAGGCGGUUUAAGCAUAUUAGCCAAAGAGACGGGCAUCACCGUCCUGCUGGUGAAUCUUAUCUUUGACAUGUACAGGACUUGGCUUGACAUCAAAAGUACACUGAGGACUUUUCGUCUUUCCGAGGCGACGCAACAAUUUGCAAAGAGAUGCGCCAAAAUGUUAACGUCGUUCGUAAUCCUGGUGGCGAUUAGAUUAGCGCUUCUGCAAGGAUCGUUGCCGCGCUUCUCGCAGCAGGAUAAUCCAGCGGCUUUUCAUCCGUCACUCUUCGUCAGACUGCUGACUUAUUCUUACUUGGCCGCUCUCAACUGGUGGUUGCUCUUGUGUCCCGGCAAUUUGUCGCACGACUGGCAAAUGGGCUCCAUUCCAUUGAUCACGACCAUUGCGGAUUUGAGAAAUUUGGUCACCGUUUUGUUUUUUGGACUUGCGUUUGCGUUGACUUGCAAAUGCGCACUAGAAUUUAAGAAACAAGGCAAUACCACGGUAGUUCUAGGGCUGAUCCUUCUUGUUCUGCCGUUCUUACCCGCCACUAAUUUGGUUGUUACUGUUGGGUUUGUCAUCGCCGAGCGUGUACUUUACAUACCAAGCAUGGGUUAUAUCCUGUUGGUCGUAAAUGGCGUGCAGACAAUUUGGAUGAAGUAUGCUCGGCAUCGACAAUCGGUGUUAUCCUUACUGAUCCUGAUUCUAAUGGCGCAGAGUUUGCGUUGCCUCAUUCGUAAUCGCGACUGGCGCUAGGAGUCGUUGCUGAAGGCUGGAAUUCUUACCUUACCGCACAACGCAAAAAUGCAUUAUAAUUAUGGAAAUUUCCUCCGCGACUCAUCACAACUAGAGUUGGCUAAAGUUCAUUAUAAUACUGCAAUCAGAUUAUGGCCUACAUAUGCCAGCGCUCAUAAUAAUCUUGGAACACUGCUCUCAAAUCGAAGAGCAGCUGAAGAACAUUUGGCAGCAAUACGCUUUUCUAAGGAUCAUCUCAACGCUCACUAUAAUCUUGGACAAUUAUAUAGAAAAUUGAAUCGUACCGAAGAAUCGGAACAGAUGCUGCAUCGUUGCACGAAAAUCGCCUCGAAUUUUGUGCCUGCUUAUAUGGAGAUGGCACGACUGAAGGGCACUAAUGAUCGGGGCGUCGGGACGCUACUGAAAAGGGUCGUCGAACUGCACCCGAGCGACGUACAUUACAUUGCACUGUAUGCACAAUGGCUCAACAAGAACGGAAACGCGGGUCUUGCGAUGAAAUACUACGCGUCGGCAUUGUCCGAUCAUCCGUUGAACUCUGAAUCGAUGAUGGGUGCAACGCGAAUUCUUCGGAAGCGUGGAGCGCAUUCACGUUUGUUUCAAUUAAUUACUAGAUAUCAGUACAUCUACAGCUCACAUAUGGGUAGAAAAACGAGUCAUCCGCAUAUAUAUUUGCAUGGAUGGCAUUUAAAGUAUGAAAUGCAAAACCAUUCAAAAGGAUACAACCUCAAGAUGGCGGAUAAUAAUAUGGCUGCUUCAAAUAUGGCUGUUAAUCGAUAUACGACCGACAGCAUAAAAAUAUCGUGACCGCCUCACGAUGUUCAUUGAUGUAACCUGACAGGAAUCGAAAGCAAUUUGGGUGCUGCUCAAUAUGUUACGUUUUUAAUUAAUUAAAAUAGUCCUAAGACCGUAGUAACUAAAUUAAUUAAACUAUUCAUAAACUAUUCUUAACAACAGUUAACAUAUUGUUGAAUUUGAUCUUAAUAUUAAGCUUUUUUAUAAAUAUCAAAAUUAUUAUAUUUAUUCUUUUCUUUUUACGGACCAAGGACCGGAUAACAGUGUUAUAACAAUAAUCAAUACUUUGAAGAUGGGUUGAAGUGCAAGUAAGCCUAGAAAUUUAAUAUGAUUGAACCAUCUACUUAAAUUAAUAUUUAUUUUAAUAUUUAUAUAGAUAUACAGGGUGGAUACAAAAGUUUAUUACUCAACAAUCAUGUUUGCCAUUUGUACACAAUAUAAGUACCGACAUCGACACAAAAAGAUAACAUUUUAAUUUCAAUAUGCAUACAAAUUGAAACGAUAUGAUGAAUUGAAUGAAUUCCGAUUACAGUAUUAGAUAUAACACGUAAGAUACGUGUACAAAAAUGGUAGCAUGGCAUACGGUUGUAUAAAAUUGUAUAUAUAUUUUUAUAUCAAUUAUGCGUAUGAAUUUAAACUGUAUAAUGAUGAAAAUAAAUCCAAUAUUAUUUACUA